AUGAGUGGGCUGUUUCGCGAUGAACUGGAGCUGGUCCAGACCGUCGUACGCGCCGCCGCUGGACUCAGCCAGUCGCUCCUACGCAGUGACGAUAAAGGUGUUUUGGCCAAGGACGACCUGAGCCCUGUCACUGUCGCCGACUUCGCCAUCCAGGGUCUGCUCUGCGCCUCGAUCCACGCCCGCUUUCCUACUGAUCAUUUCGUCGGUGAGGAGUCGGCCGACGAUCUGCGUGGUAACUCCACACUGCUCAACCGUGUGUGGGAGCUUCUUAGCCAUGCCUCGACCCAGCCGUCUUCAAACGCUGUGACGUUACCACGGAAUCCGGAGCACAUGUGUGAGCUCAUUGACAUGUGCGGCCAUGGCGCUCCGGGGGGUCCUGGGUCUGGCCGUGUGUGGAUUUUCGACCCGAUUGACGGCACUCAAACUUUUGUUCGCGGCGAGGCCUAUGCGAUCAAUGUGGCUCUCCUGGUCGAUGGUCAGCAAGUCCUGAGUGUCAUCGGUUGCCCAACUUUGCCAGCUUCCAGCCAGGAGCCUGUCCACAACGCCACCAUCGAUCCGACGGGCCAAGGCUUGCUCAUCUACGGAACAAGGGGCAAUGGCGUGUAUAUUGCUCCUCUUCUCGCACGCGACUCUGAUGGUCAAGUUGAUAUGCAUCCCUCCAGCCGGAAGCUGGAUGCACAUGCCGCUACUGCCACCAGGAACACUCUUCGGUCUGUCUCGUGCUUUAACCUACUCGAUUCAGGCGUCGAGGACAUCCACAGAGCAGUAAUGGAGGAUCUCAAUGUCCCCUUGCCAGGGUGCGAUCUACUCGGCUGGGUUCCUCGUUGGGUGACUCUCGCACUCGGUCUUGCCAAUGUCACAGUCUGGGUCUACAAGCGCCGCGACCGCCACGGCAAGGUCUGGGAUCAUGCUGGCGCCAUGAUGCUCUUUGAAGAGCUCGGCGGUAAAAUCACAGACAUCGAUGGCGUUCCGAUUGACCUGACCGUCGGCCGCAAAAUGACUGCCAACCACGGAUUUGUAGCAGCUCCUGCGCACCUCCACAGUCUUGUGCUCGAGACCCUCCAGUCCACACUGCGGAGGGAAGGCAAGGACCAUUUGCUUGCCUCGAAAUAG